UAACUUUGUACAUGCUCACAAACAUUUCCUUCACACACACUUUGCUACACACAAUUAGGGUAAAUUAAGGAAUUGAAGUCUCAAUCAUUAGGGCAGCCAAAAACCUAUGGCAAAGUUGAAGUCCUAUAUCGUUCUUGCUUUUCUAGUUAUAUCAGCAUUUGUGACCGUCUCUGAAAGUCGUGUCGCAAGGAAGGACCUUGGCUUGGACUUAGGCGGCUUGGGCGGCCUGGGGGUUGGCAUAGGUGCUGGGAUUGGUAUUGGACUAGGAGGCGGUGGAAGCGGGUCUGGAGCUGGGGCUGGGUCUGGUUCGGGCUCCGGUGGUGGCGGUAGCUCGAGCAGUUCCAGCUCUAGUUCGAGUUCAAGCUCAAGUUCAAGUUCAGGAGGUGGUGGUGGGGCAGGCUCAGAAGCAGGCUCUUCUGCAGGAUCCUCUGCUGGAUCGCGAGCUGGGUCGGGUUCUGGUGGUGCAGGUUCGGAAGCUGGAUCAUCCGCUGGUUCACGGGCUGGAUCGCGAGCUGGAUCUAAUGGCCACAGUCGAUGAACGGUUUAGCACGACGAAAUCAAUCUAAACUGCAUGUCAUGAAUGAGCUUAAUGCAUGUGAGACAAAAGAAGAUUAAAAUUGGAGUUGCAGUAAUUAUAAUGUUAUAUGUGUGUUUGUGAGUGUGUGAUCUAGAAAAUAAUGAAGGCAGCAAUCCUGUAAUGUAAUAUGCACUUCUUUGUACGGACAUCCUUGUGUCUAUGAUUGUUGAUUAAUGAACAGGAAUUAAUGUUGAAUAA